AUUGAAAACUUUUGACAUUUCAGCCUUCGACUCGUCCAUUUCGUUUUUAGCUUCGGCAGAGUAAAGUUUCUGUCCGCGGUUCAGCGCUGUUCAAGAUACCUUGAUUAUCUCGACCAGGACAAUUUUUACAGUUAAAAAUGGCAACCGCUGGAAAGGACAUCGAAAAACCCGUGGCGGAAGCGGCGACCGUUCACCGUAUCCGCAUCACGCUAACUUCCCGCAACGUCCGAAGCCUGGAGAAGGUUUGCGCCGAUCUGAUCAGCGGAGCUAAGAAGCAGAAGUUGCGUGUCAAGGGUCCAGUUCGUAUGCCAACCAAGAUCCUGCGUAUCACCACCCGCAAGACCCCUUGCGGUGAGGGUUCCAAGACUUGGGAUCGUUUCCAGAUGCGCCUGCACAAACGUAUCAUCGAUUUGCAUUCGCCCUCGGAAAUCGUCAAGCAGAUCACUUCGAUCAACAUCGAACCCGGUGUAGAGGUUGAGGUUACCAUUGCCGAUCCUUAGGCAGUGCGAUUCGCGAUGCAUCGGAUGCGGCAAACCAGGGGAUUUCUGAAGAGGAGGUGGACUCCAAAGAUGGAACGAUUUAUCGUCAAAAGAGAAAGCUACAAAGUUACCGCUAUUGGCUGGUACUUUUGUUAAGUUCGUCGCACUCGAAAUAAAAAUUUGAAAAAAUAA